CCCACUUGUUACCCGUCCGUGCCGGGACCUUGCGAACCCCCACCCAUCCCAUCCCAUCCCACUGUUAGUAGCAGGCAAGCACUGGGAUCCUGCGGAUACAACAUAUCCGGCGCUAAGACCCAGUGGAGCCCUUCCUCUCGGAAAGCGGCUGGGAACCAGUGGACCCGUUGUUAUACCACCGGCAUUAAGACUGAGAGGAAGCCUCCCUCCUGCGAGGACUUGCGCCUCGGCUCCCGGAACCCUCCCUUCGGUAAACCGGCAGUCGCUGGGACCCGGCGCUGCCCCGCUCCACCUGCCGGUUGGACGCCGCCGAGUUGGUGCGCGGCAGACAAUGGGCGCCGCCGGGCUGGUGGGACUGGCGCUGCUGGCGCUGCUGGCGAGCGGCGGGGCGGCCGAAGUGGCUUUCCGCUGCCCGCCCUGCAGCAGCGAGCAGCUGGCGAGCUGCACGGAGCCGGCCGACUGCAGUGAAACGGUGCGGGAGCCGGGCUGCGGCUGUUGCUGGAGCUGCGCCCGCACCCUGGGAGAGGCGUGUGGGGUCUACACUCCGCGCUGCGGCGCCGGGCUCCGCUGCUACCCCCGCAGUGACACCGAGUUCCCGCUCCAAGCUCUCGUCCAAGGGCACGGGCUGUGCGCCAAGCGCAGGGAUCUGGAAUAUAAUCGCUCCCGGGACGCAGGUGCUGAGACCCGUGACGUCUGGCCAAGCUCCGACAUCAGCGACAAUCACCUCAACUAUCCGAACGUCAGCGUGGUAGGCCGCAAGCCCACCCGCACCGGCAUGAAGACCACUGCGGUCAUCCGGGAGCGCAACAACGCCCAGUGGCGAUCUAUGGACCGAGGGAACAAAGGCAGUGAGGAGCCCCGGAGGACACGGCCCCAACUGACGACAUGUCAGCUGGAGCUGGACCAGGUGCUGGAGAGGAUCGCAUCUCUACGCUUACCGGAUGAGCGUGGCCCCCUGGAGCAUCUGUACGCUCUUUACAUCCCGAACUGUGACCGUCAUGGACUCUACAAGCUGAAGCAGUGUAAGACGUCGCUGAACGGACAGCGGGGUGAGUGUUGGUGCGUGAACCCUCAUACAGGGAAGGUGACCCCGGGAUCGCCCACCGUCCGCGGAGACCCCGAGUGCCAUCGCUGCUGCUUGUCAUCAGAGAACAACGCCAAGCUCCAGCUCCCACGCACCACCUGAGGACUGACCACUGCGCCUGGCGUGCAGGGUGGGGGGGGACAGGGGCUGGGGAGGUUCCAGACGGGGUAGGGAGAGGGAAUGGUGUUGGUGUGUGGUCAGGGUUUCAGACCCCCUCCCCACGGGUUCAGGCUGUGAGCUGAGCUCAGUGGGAGCCGUGGUUGUCAAUCUCUUUACGACAGACCGUGCCGUUGGGCGUGGGCAGCUUUGAAGCAAUGCAUGCACUGUUGCAUGGACAGUCCUUUGGAAUGCUGCAUGUACUGGUGCAUGUGGUGCAUGCACGAGUGCACGGGCAAUCCUCUGGAGUCCUGUUUGUACUCUUGUAUGGACAAUCCUAGCAUUGGUACAUGCAUUGCUGCACAUGGGACUCCAGGAGCAGUGCAUGCAUUGGGGGACUGGUGCAGUGUUUGGUGCAGCUUGAAAUAGCAUGUUGGUAUCAGCACUCGGGGCAACCCAACUGCCUGCAGGUCCCCGAGAAUCUCACAGCGUUCCUCGCCGCUGUGAACUUUGGAACACUACAUUUUCUGUACUUGGUGUAUGGCAAAAGUCGGCAAGCCCCCUUGGACAGCACCACCCACCCACCCCACCCCACCCCACCCGCUGCUGGUGACACGAGGGGCCGACACUGCUGGCAUCUGGUGCUAAGACCAUCUUCUGGAGGAAUUGGCAUUUUGGUAUUUUAUUUAAUUCCACUGAUUGGUAUUUUUCAAUAAGUAACAUAGAACUCUACGGCACAGUGCAGCCCACGACAUUGUGCCGAACCUUGUAAACUACUUUAAGGUCAAUCUAACCCCUUGCUCCCACAUGUGCCUCCAUUUUUCUGUCAUCCACAUGCCCUUCUAAGGGUUCCUUAAAUCUCCCUAAAAUGUCUGCCUCUUCCACCAUCCCUGGCAGUGUGUUACAUACACCCAUCACCCUCUGUGUACUUAAAAAAAACCUACCUCUGACAUCUCCCCUACUACACUUAGUAGAUAUUAAUUACACAGAUAUUAACCUCACAUGGGACACUGGUCCAAAAGAUUAGGGCCUCUGUCUCACCCCUUCUUUAUUCUGGGCAUCUCCCCCCCACUCUACUCAGUCCUGAUGCAGGGUUUCAACCUGAAAAGUUAACCAUCCCUCUCCCCAGUGGAUGCUGCUCAACCCCUGGGAUCCACCGGAAGUUUGUGUGUUCGAGGGAUGAUCCUUGGUCCCAGGAAACAGGACCUCGUUCUCUGACGCUGGCCUGUCACCUCUGGUUAUAUACUGGGACUCGUGGACCUGGAACAUAAAACAGAGAACACGCUAACACAGGCCCUUCAGCCCACAUUGUUGUGCCAACCCUUUAACCUACUCGAAAUUCAAAUUAACCCUUCCCUCCCACAUAGCGUUCUAUUUUUCUGUUAUCAAUGUGCCAACCUAAGAUUAUCUUAAAUGUCCCCAAAGUAUCUGCCUCUGUCAUUGAUAAUGAUUCUGUGCAUUCACCACUCUCUGAGUAACGAAACUCACCUCUGAUAUGCCCAGUAUAUUUUCCUCUGAUCACCUUAAAGUUAUGCCUCCCUCCUCUCCUUCGCCCUGGAUAAAAGUCUCUGCCGCUUAUCAUCUUGUACACCUCCAUCAAGCUACCUCUUAUCCUCCUUUACUCCAAAGAGAGAAGCCCGAGCUCACUCAACUA